GCGUGUUGAACUCACUCGGGCGGAGUUUCUUCCAACUCCGAAAGCUUCCGAUAAUUUUCAGACAGAGCCGAAGGAAGCAGGAAACGGACCCCACAGAAAACACAAACACAGCAUACGGUUGUUGUACUGUAGGACUAGUAUCGCCGUGCGUGGUUUUCAUCUCCGUUGUUUUAUUUUUGUUUCGGGAGUUUUGAAACUUCGUCAUGGGAGCCUGCCUGGCGCUCUGUUCAGCGGUCAGCUGCGCAUCGUGUCUGUGUGGCUCAGCACCAUGCCUGCUGUGUGGAUGUUGCCCCUCCAGUAAUAACUCCACAGUGACUCGCCUCGUCUUCUCUUUCUUCCUGCUGCUGGGCACCAUCGUGUCUGUCAUCAUGAUCCUGCCUGGCAUGGAGACACAGCUCAAGAAGAUCCCUGGGUUCUGUGUGGGCGGCAGCUCCAUUCCUGGCGUUUCGAACCAUGUGAACUGUGACAUCGUCGUGGGGUACAAGUCUGUGUACCGCAUGUGCUUCGCCAUGGCCUGCUUCUUCUUCCUCUUCUCUCUCAUCAUGAUCCGUGUGCGCAGCAGCAAGGACCCGCGGGCCGGUCUGCAGAACGGGUUCUGGUUCUUCAAGUUCCUGGCUCUGGUUGGCAUCACCGUGGGAGCCUUCUUCAUCCCAGAUGGGACGUUCAACACAGUGUGGUUCUAUUUCGGAGUGGUUGGUGCCUUCAUCUUCAUCAUCAUCCAGCUGAUUCUGCUCAUCGACUUUGCGCACUCCUGGAACCAGGCCUGGGUUCAGAACGCAGAGGAGGGCAGCAAGUGCUGGUACGCAGGCCUCCUCAUCUGCACCUUCCUGAACUAUGCUGCCUCCUUCGCCGCCCUGGUGUUGUUCUACCUGUACUACACCAAACCGGACGCCUGCCCUGAGAACAAGGCCUUCAUCAGCCUCAACUUCAUCUUCUGUGUGAUUGUCUCCGUCGUCUCCAUCCUCCCGCGAGUGCAGGAAGCCCAGCCUCACUCAGGGCUGCUGCAGGCCUCUGUCAUCACUCUCUACACCAUGUAUGUGACCUGGUCUGCCAUGACCAAUGAGCCAGACCAGACCUGUAACCCCAGCCUGCUGGGGCUGAUCUCUAACAGCAGCUCCCUCUCCCCUUCCCCCGCCCCGGGGCAGGUGGUGCAGUGGUGGGAUGCGCAGAGCAUUGUGGGGCUCGUCAUCUUCCUCAUGUGCACCCUGUAUGCCAGUAUCCGCUCGUCCAAUCACAGCCAGGUGAAUAAGCUGAUGCUGACGGAGGAGGGGUCGGGGCCAGGCGGGGAGUCCUCGGAGGGGCUCCGUGAAGAGGGGCUGCGACGCCCGGUCGACAACGAGGAGGAGGCUGUGACCUACAGCUACUCCUUCUUCCACUUCUGCCUCGUCCUCUCCUCGCUGUACAUCAUGAUGACGCUCACCAACUGGUACCAGCCUGACGCUGGGUACCAGGUGAUGACGAGUGCCUGGCCGGCGGUGUGGGUGAAGAUCUCGUCCAGCUGGCUCGGGCUGGCUCUGUACCUCUGGACUCUGGUGGCGCCGCUUGUCCUGCCCGACCGUGACUUCAACUGAGCGCCAGCAGGGGGAGCUGAGGGGGUUAGACACACAGCACUGGUCACAGGACACAUGUGCCAACGGCAUCAUUGGGGUCUCUUUCCCUCUCAGGCAGCGGCACUCUGACUGCUCUCUCUGUUCAUUCACAACCCAACUUCAACCAGGCCCUUAAUUGCUUAAUUGAUUAGCUAGGGGUCCCAACAGCUGAACUCAGUUAAACAAGCCCGCUGGCCACUUCAGUCUGCGGUGUUUCUUUAAGGGUACAUAAGGACCUUUUUAUUUUAUUGUGUUAUUAUUAUUAUUUUAUUAUUUGUUUAUUUAGUAGAUGACUUUAUCCAAGGCGACUUAGAGACUAGGGUGUGUGAACUAUGCAUCAGCUGCAGAGUCACUUACAACUACGUCUCACGCGAAAGACGGAGCACAAGGAGGUGAAGUGACUUGCUCAGGGUCACACAAUGAGUCAGUGGCUGAGAUGGGAUUUGAACCAGGGAGCUCCCGGUUACAAGCCCAUUUCUUUAACCACUGGACCACACAGCCUCCUAGUGUUGCUACAACUGUUUACGUAAGGUGUGUGUAUUGUUUUAAAUGUGUUUUAUUUGUUUUGUUUUUUCUUACAUUUUGACCACUUUUUUAAACUUUUUAAAUUGCAUUCCCUUCACAUGUGCAUGGACCUCUCAGAACUACAUUUGCCAUCACCCUCCUGCUCGCUGGUAAAUCCAUCUCGGUUACAUAUGUGAGCAGGAGGAUGAUGUAAAAUGUAGUUCUGAGAGGUCCCUGCAGGUACAUGGGAAGCCAUCUUGAGGCAGGGAAUGCAAUUUCAAAGUUUAAAAAAAAGUGAUCAAAAUGUAAAAAAAAUCUAAACAACACACACCUUACGUAAACAGCUGUAGCAACACAUGGGAACAUGUAACACAAUAAAAUAAAAAGGUCCUUAUGUACCCUUUAAGUUUAAGGAUGUUGCAGAAAGCAAGUUAACAGACCCUGAUCAGCACUAGCCUUGGACUUCCUUUCCUACAGUAACAUUCGCUAGUCCAAGAUUAGUGCUAAUCAGGGCUGUGAAACCAGCAAAGGUGUUGUAUGCAGCGGCUGGAAGACUCAAUCACUGGUUCCCUUGCUUAAACACAGUCUGCAGUAUAACCAGGGCUAAACAGCUUUUAAAUCAAGUCAAGAAAAUAACCCUUUCUGAAAUGGUGUAUACCCAUACACAGAAUAUUUUGGGGUGUCAUUAUUCUAGGAAUGGUUUGAUUUUCAGUAACGUUGCGUAUCCUAUUACUGCUUCUGCACAAUGUUACUGUUAUUUAGGAAUACACCGUUUUUGGAUUUGGUUUAUUGAUUUUAAAAAAUGAAAUAAAGAAACCUGUGUUUAAAUGUGAAGGUAAAGUAAGUUUUUAAUGUAGUGUUCCUGUUAUUUUUUUCACCUUGCUUGUCUGAUUUACUGUUUUUUAUAGGAAAGCCAGUGCUGUAAUGACACGGUAGCCAUGGUAACUCUACGCCUGUUUUUCUUGUUACUCACUAUUGUCUUGUAAUUUUAAUGAGGGUUUGGUUUUUGUUUGAUUUUUAUUAUUAGAGUAAUUCUGAUCAUACCACUUCAUGUGCCUUUUUGUAUGGCUUAAAGGGAAAGCUCUAAUCGUGUUGUUUAAACCAAGUGUAUAAGGUUUGAAUCUUGAUAUGUGUCUGCUCUCUAUAUUCACUGUAUGAAGAACUACAUUCACUGCUGACUGCUAAUAGUACCUCACAGUUGAGGGGCUCCACUCAGACUCGGCCUUCUAUAUACUGGCAGUUUGUGUUUUACAAAUAAACAUGUUCUAUCCA